GUAUAGGUUUUAGGAUAUUUAGGCAAUAAAGUUUAUGUACUAUACCCACUGUAUAUUUGGACGAUUUGUGUCGAAAUACUUUUUGGGAAAUACUGUCUCUACUGAAAACUUAUUUGGAGUAAAUUCAAAGAAAGAAAAGAAAAAUGUCGCAACAGCAGUUUGACGACGGAAUGGCGCACUUCGGCGGCAUGAACGACCUAAGAGAUAUGAGCCAACCGUCAUCGGGCGCGGGCGGACUGUACGGCGGGGAUUUGAACCGCUCGAUCCCGCAGCUCGGGCAUCUUUCGCACGGGCACUCGUCGAUGUCACAUUUCUCAGCGAGUACACCUGGAUCUGCACAUCCAAUGUCAACUAUGCAUGCGACGCAGUCGUCAGGUUCAUCUACGAGUAUGGACGAAAGAUUAAGCGACUCGGAACGCGUCAAUCUGAAGGGAGACAAGGACGCCAUUUAUUCACACCCCCUGUUCCCGCUGCUGGCUCUGGUCUUCGAAAAAUGUGAGCUAGCGACCUGUACACCACGUGACCCCGGCGUAACAGGCGGUGACGUAUGCUCUUCCGAUUCAUUCAACGACGACAUUGCGUGUUUUGCUAAGCAGAUUCAUUCCGAAAACCGACCAAUCACCUUCGACCCCAACAACGAAAUCGACAACCUGAUGAUCCUGUCUAUUCAGGUUCUGCGUUUCCACCUGCUUGAGUUAGAAAAGGUUCACGAACUUUGUCAGAACUUCACAUCAAGGUAUAUUAACUGCCUAAAAGGAAAAAUGCCCAUUGACCUGGUCAUAGAGGAUCGGGAAGGGGGAGUCCCCUCGAAACUGGAAGCGAAUGAGCCGACCUCAUCAGGCUCCGAACAAUCAUUCUAUAACCAAGAAACACCUUCCCACCCUAGUAUGGAUACAAACGCUAUGCACGCGGGUAACAUGGGCGGUGGGGGGCCUGUGGCAAUACCAGCACAGUCGUCAUCCCAUCACCACCUACAUACACCGUCAACACAUCAGCACCAACAGCAACAUCACCAUAACGCGGACUCCAGUCCAACAGGAAGCACCAUAGAAGGGAGUACAUACUCCGGGGAAGGAGGUAACGAAGAUGAUUCCGAUCCCGGCAAGAAACCCCAGCAGAAGAAAAGAGGAAUCUUCCCAAAACAAGCGACUAAUAUUAUGAGAGCUUGGCUUUUUCAAAACUUAACGCACCCUUACCCAACCGAAGAACAAAAGAAAUCUUUAGCUAACCAAACCGGGCUUACGAUACUGCAAGUGAACAACUGGUUCAUUAACGCGAGACGGAGAAUAGUCCAACCGAUGAUCGACCAAUCCAAUAGAGCAGUGAGCAAUGCUAUGGGACCAUACAGCCCUGAUGGUCAAUCUAUGGGCGGCUUCUUAUGCAUGGACGGACAGCCACCGCACAUGGCAAUGCGUCACCCAGGAUGGCCGUCAGGUUUCCAAAGCAUGCCUGGCGCAGCUGAUAUGAUGGCAGCACAGCAUAUAUCAAUGGCAGCUGCAAACAGCUCAUUCAACCCGACCUCCACUAUGUCACCUUCACACCACCCUUCAGGACUUCAUCACCAACUUCGACACCCCCCCUCACAGGCCAUGCUGCUUCCCGGGUCUCACCAGCACCACCACGCGGCAGCCGCAGCAGCAGCAAUGAUGAUGCCACACCAUGCAGCGGCGGUGGCUGCGGCCGCUGGACACAGCGCAGUAACAGGCAUGGGCCACCACCCGCACCACGGCCACCACCUACACCAUUCAGGCCAAUCUACGAUGAAUCCAGCGGACAUGUCGUCUCAUAUGCUCGGCCAUACUUGCUAGCAAAGUCUCCUUAAAUCCGAGCGGUAGCUCGUGAGCAAACGUUGGAGUUAACGCGCGGAUGAACUCCAUCCAGACAGCGCGUACCACGGGCGGAUUGCACCUAAGGGAUGGCUACCCGCCUCGUGACAACCAAUGGUUCCAGUCAGUUUGCUACCUCUUAUUAGCGUUCGACCACGAGAGCGCUGCUCACAAAGAGUGUUCGUCUUUUCGGUCAAACCACGUGACCCGGCGUCACCGGCGCAACGUGCCAAUGUAACUGAAACGUCCAAGACGUCGCGUCGUAUUUAUUGUUGCUACGAAGGCAAAUGUUCGUUCUCGGUGUUGUCGUUUAUCAUUGUGACGUAAUGAACCACCCCUUUGUGACGGUACGAGAUGUAUGAACGACAACUUUACUAUGCACUAAACGCCCAGCAAAAAAAGUACAAACUUUUUUCAUAAACGGACCCAAAAUCAAGUUGUAGCAAAUCGUUUUCUACAUAUACACAGACUAAAUAAUAUCGUAUACAGAAACACAAUAGUAAAUAAACAGAACCAGUGUUCAUCACUACCGCAUAUUAUAUGACAGUUCAUUUUGCCGAAAAAGAUUACAUCAGUACACCGCUGACGUCACGUCUGUUACGUCAUCGCCUGUUCGUUUCCCCCAUUUCAUUUAUACCCGAGCUCGGAAUAUUUUAGUACGUCUUCGUGAUGUAACGUUUUUUUUCUUAUUAUUAUUAUUAGUACUAUUGUUCGUAUAUAAUGAGACACGGAAGAUGAUUGUUCGUGAGAAAAAAUUACAGCACCAAAUACUG